UGUAAGCGCUUGCAGUCAUGAUUCCCUACACUGUCAACAUUAAACUAGCAGCCCGGACACUGACCGGAACCCUCAGUUUACAAAAUAAAACUGCUGUGGACUGGGGUUGGCAAGGUCUGAUAGCCCAAGGAUGCCACUCUAGCAUUCUUAUAAUCGACCCAAAGACUGCUCAGACCAUUCAAGUCUUGGAGAGGCACAAGGCCAAUGUUGUCAAGGUUAGAUGGUCCAGGGAGAACUACCACCACAGCCUGAGUUCACCUUAUUCUCUUCGUCUGGCGUCGGCCGAUGCUGCGGGCAAAAUUAUUGUGUGGGAUGUGGUGAGCGGCAUGGCACACUGUGAGAUUCAAGAGCAUUCCAAACCCAUCCAGGACAUGGAUUGGUUGUGGAAUCAGGACGCAUCGCAUGACUUGCUUUUGGCUGUACACCCUCCCAACUACAUAGUUCUGUGGAAUGGAGACACAGGAACCAAGCUGUGGAAGAAAAGCUAUGCUGAGAACAUUCUCUCCUUUUCUUUUGACCCAUUUGACCCUGCCAAUUUAGCCUUGCUUACCAGUGAGGGCAUAGUUUUUAUUACAGAUUUCUCACCCUCUAAGCCCCCCGGCAGCAGUGGUAAGAAGGUUUACAUUGCCAGCCCACACUCGAGCCCUGCCCACAGCAAACCUGCUGCUAUACAGCCUACUGGUGCAAAGAAGGCUCUCAACAAGGUCAAAGUGCUCAUCACUAAUGAGAAACCCACGGCCGAAGCAGUGACUCUGAAUGACUGCCUCCAGCUGUCCUACAUGCCCUCAAAGAGAAGUCACAUGCUGCUCCUCUAUCCCAGAGAAAUCCUCAUCCUAGACUUGGAGCUCAGCCAGACAGUGGGGGUGGUAGCCAUCGAGCGCUCUGGUGUGCCCUUCAUACAGGUGAUUCCAUGUGCACAGAGGGAUGCUUUGUACUGCCUUCAUGAAAACGGCUGCAUCACUCUGCGUGUGUGUCGCUCUACUGCACCCACAGCAGAGGAACCAGCAGCAUCAGAAGCAGAGCAGACCGUGCAGGAGCUGGCAUAUGAUCUGCGCUCUCAAUGUGACGCCAUCCGUGUAACUAAAACAGUGCGGCCGUACCGUGUAGUGAUCUGCCCUGUUAAUGAGAAUAGAGCAGCUCUGUUGGUGAGUGACGGACGCAUCAUGCUGUGGGAGCUCAAAGCUCAGGCUGGCAAGGCACCAACAAAUCUCAGUUCAGGCUUGUCCCUGCUCUACUCACCAGUUCAUUUUUGCGGGACUCCAUUGGGUCAGAACCAGAAACGCAUUCCAGACCUUUCUCUGAACACAAUGAUUGGUCCUACUUUGAUCUUGGGUUUGGAUUCAUCUAUGGCUGCAGUGGGACAAGAAGAGGUGCAGUUGAAGUUUCUACUGACCGGGCUGCUGUCUGGUUUGCCCCUGCCACCCUUCUCACUACGCAUGUGCCCUCCUUUAACUACCAAAAACAUCCAGCACUACCAGCCUCUCCUGGCCGUGGGUUCGAGUAAUGGCUCGGUGCUGGUGUAUAACCUGACCAGUGGUCUCCUGCACAAAGAACUCAGCGUGCAUUCAUGUGAAGUCAGAGGGAUCGAGUGGGUUAGUCUGACCAGCUUCUUGUCAUUUGCCACCUCUGCUCCCAACAACAUGGGCCUUGUGAGGAAUGAGCUUCAACAUGUUGACUUGCGCACAGGAAGGUGUUUUGCAUUUCGAGGCGAGCGUGGCAAUGAUGAACCAGCCAUCGAAAUGAUUAAAGUGUCACAUCUAAAGCAGUAUUUGGUUGUGGUGUUCAAAGACAAGCCCCUGGAACUGUGGGAUGUGCGCACUGGCACCUUGCUGCGUGAGAUGGCCAAGAAUUUUCCCACUGUUACAGCACUGGAAUGGUCUCCUUCCCAUAACCUGAAGAGCCUGAAGAAGAAGCAAAUGGCAGCACGGGAGGCCAUGGCCAGGCAGACCACACUGUCAGAUGCUGAGCAAAGCAGUGUUGAGUCUUCUGUUAUUAGUCUGUUGCAGGAUGCAGAGAGCAAGGCAGAGACAGGUCAGGGCAUCUCUGCCCGUGAGCACUUCGUGUUUACUGACACAGACGGUCAGGUUUACCACUUUACUGUAGAGGGCAACUCUGUGAAGGAUGGUGCACGUAUUCCCCCAGAUGGCAGCAUGGGCAGUAUCGCCUGCAUUGCAUGGAAGGGAGACACACUAGUUCUGGGAGACGUUGAUGGAAACCUGAAUUUUUGGGAUCUGAAGGCACGUCUCUCCAGGGGAAUUCCAACACACCGUGGAUGGGUAAAGAAGAUCCGCUUUGCUCCUGGAAAGGGAAACCAAAAACUAUUGGUGAUGUAUGCUGAUGGAGCUGAGGUGUGGGACACCAAAGAGGUGCAAAUGGUAAGCAGUAUCAGAUUUGGCCGGAAUGUGAGUUAUCGAAUUCUAGACAUUGACUGGUGCACAUCAGAUAAGGUGGUAUUGGCUUCAGAUGAUGGCUGUGUCCGUGUCCUGGAAAUGGCCAUGAAGUCUGCCAGCUUCAGGAUGGAUGAGCAAGAUCUUACAGAUCCAGUGUGGUGUCCAUACCUGCUGCUCCCUCGUGCUGCUCUCACUCUGAAGGCCUUUCUGUUGCUGCAGCCCUGGUCUGGAAACUUCACCAUGGACAUAAGCCAAGUGGAUUACCAAGAGAAGGACGAAGUCAAAGGCUUGGUGCAGGAGCAGCUAAACUCUUUGUCCAACGACGUCAAAAGUGUCCUGCAAGACCCUGAGCUUAAUCUGCUUCAACGCUAUCUCCUUGUGUCCCGUCUGUUUGGCGAUGAGUCGGACCUGCAGUUCUGGAAUGUGGCUGCACAUUAUAUCAGAUUCUUCGCUCAGGCGCGCCAGCUCAGCAUGCCUGCUCCUGAUGGAGAUUCAAAGCCAGAGGGAUCCCAGAGUACAAACCAGUGCCAUCUGGAUAUCUGCUAUGAUAUACUUUGUGAAAGCUCUUUCUUUCAGAAGUUUCAGCUGGAGAGGGUUCACCUGCAAGAGGCUAAGCGGUCCAGCUACGAGCACACCAAAAAAUGUGCAGACCAGCUUCUUCUCUUGGGCCAGACUGACCGAGCAGUGCAGUUGCUCCUGGAAACAAGUGCAGACAACCAAAGCUACUACUGUGACUCGUUGAAGGCCUGCCUUGUUACUACUAUUCCCUCCUCUGGACCAUCUCAAAGCACCAUUAAACUUGUGGCCACCAAUAUGAUUGCCAGUGGAAAGCUAGCAGAGGGUGUGCAGUUGCUGUGUUUAAUUGACAAGGCAGCAGAUGCCUGUCGCUACCUGCAGACAUAUAGCGAGUGGAAUCGAGCUGCCUGGUUGGCAAAGGUGCGUCUAAACCCAGCUGAAGCCUCAGAUGUUCUGAAACGCUGGGCCGAGUACCUCUGCUCCUCUCAAGUAAAUCAUAAGUCCAAAGCUAUCCUGGUGUUGCUGUCGCUUGGCUGCUUCCAAAAAGUGGGCGAGAUGCUCCACAGUAUGAGGUAUUUCGACCGGACAGCCCUGUUCAUUGAAGCUUGCCUGAAAUAUGGUGUGCUGGAGGCCAAUGACACCACCAAUAAGCUAAUAGGGGCGGCAUUUUCUUCCUAUGCUGGGCUACUUCGCGCUGUGGGGUUGAGAGAGGGAGCAGCGCUGUGGGCUUCCAAGGCCGGGGGAGCAGGAGAAGAGCUUCUGGAGAAGCUGUUCCAGAAUGAUGGGGCAGAAUCAGAUCUCACACCUAAAGAAGAGGAGAAAGGGAGUAGCAAUACAACUGCUGAAUCACUGUAGUGAAGAAUCUAAGAUUUUUCAUGAUUGCUUAUUUCAUAUUUGAUGGUGUGGUGUGUUACAGGAAGUAAAAUGAAAAUAAAACGUGUUGUAUAUUGUGUGUGUAUGUGUGUGAGAGAGAGAGAGAGAGAGAGAGAAGAUGGAUUGACUGAAAGAUUUUAUGAUUAUAAAACAUGACAGUAUGCACGUCAGAUGCAAGCAUGCAUUUUAUCAGAUGUUGGGGUGUUUAUUUUUGCAUUGGUUGUCAUCUUGCCAUUCUGUACACAAUUCUUAGGACAGAUAAAUGACAAUGAGGAAAUGUCUUAAGCUUCUCAAACAUAUAAUGUGCUCCUUCCGACAUUCCACAGGCUCGUUUUUGCACUUUUAAUUUUGACAAAAUAAUAUUUAGUUUAUGUACAUGGCUCCAUAAUUUGUAAUGUUACACAGUGGAAAAAUCUAGCAUUUUGUAUUACAAGUAAAUAUCGAAAUGUGUUAUUGACAAAUUAUGUAGAAAUAUUCUAAUUCUACUCUAUUUCUGAUGCUUCAUAACCAUAAAUAUUAUUUUUCUUAUAAUAACUGAAAUGAAGAAAUUACAUGGCUAACUAAGUAAUUAUAAUUAAAUCCAGGGUGAGUGAGUAAUCAUGUGUAAUUAGCAGAUAAAGAAUCACUAAGAAUUAAAUUGGUAACUGGGUAAUUAUUGGUAACUGGGUAAAUUACAGUUACAGUUACAUAUUCUUGUUUGGUUUGAUCAGGUUAUACACUGAUCAGCCAUAACAUUAAAC